UUAUGAGCAAGUUUGUGAGAUAUAUAGCAGAAGUGGAUUUUUUUGGAGUUCCAAUAAAUCUUUUAACUAAGGGUAAAGAAGAUAAAUUCUAAAGCAUCCUUGGUGGAUUAAUUGCUGUUAUUAUUGGAAGCACAAGUUUUAUGUAUUUUUUAUAUGUUAUUGUCCUUUGGACCGGUAAUUAAAUACCGUCAACUACAAUUUCAAAACAAUUAACUUUAGGCUAUGCUGAAUUUGAAUUGCCGACGGCUUCCAUUUAAUUAACUUUAUAAGAUUUCUCAUCUGAUAUAGAUCCAUUUAGAAAAGAAAAUAAUAUCAUUACUCCAUUAGUUUUUAUUAUAGAAAACACAACAAUUCUAUAAGAUCCAGUACCAGUAUAUAGCAGUGAAGAUAGUAAAUAUAAAAUUGAAGCAUAAAAUGGAACUUUAAUUCUCAACGACGGCUCUGAGUAAAAUGAGUCUUUUAAAAACAAUACAUAAUUCUUCCUUGUUUUGGCAAGAUGUUCAUCUAAUUUUCAUAAUGACGGAAGUUAUUGUGCUGAUGAAAGCAUAAUUGACAACUAUUUAUAGAAGUUUCAUGGGUUGUUUAUUUUAACAGUUAAACUAAACUAACUGGAUUAAUUGACAAGAAAUUUAGAAGUUUUCGAAAAAUCUUAUUAUACAGCAAUGGAUUCUAAGAAGCCUUUAUAUUCUUAAAUUAUGUUAAAGCAUUAAGAAACUGUGAUAGAUGAUGGUGUCCUCUUUAACAACAAUAAACAUUAUGUUUUUUUAAAUAAUUUUGAAUUGACAAAUUAAGAAAUUGACAAUUCCUUUCCAUCCAAACUUGUAAAUUCCAUAUCUAAGGUUUAAUAUAAUUUUACAAGUGUGGGAUGCUAUUUAUUUAGAAUUGAUAAUAUCUAAAUACAAGAAAAAGUAAGUCUGCCAAAAUUAGGGUAAGUACUUGCUGAAAUUGGCUCUAUUGUACAAUUAUUAUUUUUAAUUAGGUAUGGUGUAUUUUAUUAUAAUAACUACCUACUAGAAAAUGAAUUGCAUCAUGAUAUAAUAACUAUGUAUUAUCCUCAAUUUAAGGACUCCAAGCUUAAUAUUCUUAAUCUAUUUAAGAACAAUGAAAAAUAAAUAAAUAAUUUUCAAUCUAUUGAUAAUCUUGAUGAAAAAUAUCAGAAUUUACUUAAAAAAGCUAAGGAAAAAUGUCGACUUGAUAACAUAUUAUAUGAAAUAUCUAGGAUUCAAUUUUUCCUAUAGUAAUAAUUUGGAGAUUAAGCUUUAUACCAAAGCCAUCAAUUAGGAGGAAAAUUGAUAACUCAUUAAUUAGAUUUAGUAAGUAUUAAGGAGACAAAUAGAUUAAGUGUAAAGCCUGCAGAAAGUAUGGAAGUAGAAUAAGAACCAAUGGAAUUGUUAUUAAAACAGUAUUGA